AUGUCAUCCCGCUCGCUCAAGGAUGCCCUGCCCCUCAUCAACUCGUCGCUGAGCAUCCCGCAGCUCGGCUUCGGCGUCUGGCAGUCCCCUCAAGACGUCUGCGAGCAAUCCUGCAUCAACGCUCUGAAGCUCGGCUACCGCCACAUCGACACCGCUCAGGGCUAUCACAACGAGGCCGAGGUCGGGCGCGCGAUCGCCAACUCUGGCUUGCCGCGCUCCGACAUCUUCGUCACCACCAAGAUCGCCGAGCCCGCCGGUUCUGUCGACGCCAGCUACGAGAAAUGCCUCGAGAGCGUGCGCAAGCUGAACCCCGGCGGCAAAGACGUCUACGUCGACCUGUUCCUCGUGCAUACGCCCAACAAGGGCGCCGAGGCCCGCAAGGAGAAGUGGCUGGCUCUGGAGCGCCUGCACAAGGAGGGCAAGGCCAGAACGAUCGGCGUGUCAAACUACGGCAUCAAGCACAUCGAGGAGAUGAAGGAGUACGCGACGACGUGGCCGCCUGCCGUGAACCAGAUCGAGCUGCACCCGUGGCACCAGCAGCGCGAGAUUGUGGACUACUGCCAGAAGAAGGGCAUCGUGAUUGAGGCCUACUGCCCCAUCGUCCGGAACCAAAAGGCCGAGGACGAGACGCUGGUCGGUGUGGCGAAGCGGUGCGGCAAGACGCCCAAUCAGGUGCUCAUCCGGUACUGCUUACAAAAGGGCUGGGUGCCGUUGCCCAAGAGCGACAACCCGGACAGGAUCAGGGCCAAUGCGGACUUGUACGACUUUGAUAUUUCGGAGGAGGAUAUGAAGAAGCUGGACGGUCUGGACCAGGGUGCCGAGGGAUCGAUCUGCAUGACGGUGGAGAAUCAUUGA